AGCCCGGGCUCCCCGCGCGCCGCCACCCCGCACUUCCGCCAAGGCGCCGGUGACGCCGUUCCGCUGCUUUCGGUGCCCCGGAAGAGUAGAGGCGCGCUCCGCCCCCUGAUCCGGAAGCGACUCGCCGCUCUUCUUUCCGAGACGGCCCUGGAAGGAGGAGAGAUGCAUGAGGAGGGAGAGUGAGAGGGGAGGUACGUUGACAUCUGUCUGAUACUAGACUGGUGAAUAGGAAGAAGGUCCCAUCUCUGGCCUGUUUGUGGAAGAUGGGAUGAUGAAGGCACUGCAGUGGGACCGUGCGGUGGUACAGGGUUGAAGCUCCAGCCCAUGUCUGGUAGUUAUAGAGCAAUUGGAAGGGUUACGUGCAGAGUUCUGGUAAACUAGGAUGGAAGAAUCUCAUUUCAACUCCUCCCCGUACUUCUGGCCAGCAGUGCCCACCGUCUCGGGACAGAUUGAGAACACCAUGUUUAUUAACAAGAUGAAGGAGCAGCUCUUGCCCACAGAGAAGGGCUGCAGCCUGGCUCCCCCCCACUACCCUGCCCUGCUGACAGUGCCCACCUCUGUGGCCCUCCCUGCUGGUAUCUCCAUGGACUCAGACACCAAGCCUGAGCAGCUGACACCACACAGUCAAGCCCCCGUGACUCAGAACAUCACUGUGGUACCAGUGCAGUCUGCUGGGCUCAUGACAGCAGGUCCUGGUCUGGUGAUAACUUCCCCAUCAGGUUCCUUGGUGACCACAGCCUCUUCUGCCCAGACCUUUCCCAUCUCAGCUCCCAUGAUUGUUUCUGCGCUACCCCCUGGCUCACAAGCAGCCCUUCAGGUGGUUCCUGACCUCUCCAAGAAAGGGACAACCACCCUAUCUGAAGCUGGUGGGGGUGGUGGGGGUGGGGGAGUUGCCCCCAAACCACCCCGCGGCCGAAAGAAGAAACGAUUGCAGGAGUCGGGGCUGCCAGAGAUGAGCGAUCCCUUUGUGCUGUCAAACGAGGAUGAUGAGGACCAGCACAAGGAUGGCAAGACAUACAGUAGUUCCGUGAGCAGCGGAACUAAUGAAGCCUGGUUUCCAGCGGCUCUCUCCUGUGUGGAUUCUCUGAUGUCUAAUCAAGGGUGCCGGAUGUGUUCGCUGACCUUCUACUCCAAGUCGGAGAUGCAGAUCCACUCCAAGUCCCACACGGAGACAAAGCCACACAAGUGUCCUCACUGCUCCAAGAGCUUCGCCAACAGCUCCUACCUGGCCCAGCACAUCCGCAUCCACUCGGGGGCCAAGCCCUACACGUGCAGCUACUGCCAGAAGGCCUUCCGCCAGCUCUCCCACCUGCAGCAGCACACACGGAUCCACUCCAAGCUCCACACGGCGAUUGUCAAGCCGCACAAGUGUCCUCACUGCUCCAAGAGCUUCGCCAACACAUCCUACCUGGCCCAGCACCUCCGCAUCCACUCGGGGGCCAAGCCCUACACCUGCCGCUACUGCCAGAAGGCCUUCCGCCAGCUCUCCCACCUGCAGCAGCACACACGUAUCCACACCGGGGACCGACCCUACAAAUGUGCUCACCCUGGGUGUGAAAAGGCUUUCACCCAGCUUUCCAACCUGCAGUCCCACAGACGGCAGCACAACAAAGACAAACCUUUCAAGUGCCACAACUGCCACCGUGCGUACACGGAUGCCGCCUCGUUGGAGGUACACCUGGCAACGCACACAGUGAAACACGCCAAGGUCUACACCUGCUCCAUCUGCAGCCGGGCCUACACCUCGGAGACCUACCUGAUGAAGCACAUGCGGAAACACAACAUCCCUGACCCACAGCAGCAGGUGGUUCAGGCACAAGCCCAGGCCUCUCAGCAGCAGCAGCACUUCCAACCACAGGGUGGGGGUGCAGCAGGGGGCCCUUCUGGAGACACUAACCAACCCAACCCUCCCCCCCAGUGUUCCUUUGACCUGACUCCUUACAAGACUUCAGAGCAUCACAAGGACAUCUGCCUCACUGUCAGCACCAGCGCAAUCCAAGUGGAGCACCUCUCCAGCUCCUAGAGAGACCUCAACCCAGGGAGCAGAAAGCCUCUUGUGCAUAGCCUGCGCCCAGGGGCGCACCGCUUGUGCAGCGGCCCUCCUUGUGCAACAGUCUCCGGCCUCUCCUCCUGCAACAGCCUCUUCUGGCUGUGUAACCCUGUCCAUGGCAGCCCCUUGAACAACAGCCUGUCUCAAGGGGGUGCUCCUUCUGUGCAACAGCCUGCCUGGUAGGAGGAUGCUUCCUUGUGCAAGAGCCCCUUUCCUGUGCUGGGAUCACUUCCUCAUGCAAGAGCCCCUCAUUUCAAACCCAAAGAAAGGCCCCCGCUUUGCCUUCUCUCUCACUGUAGGAUGCAUAUGAAGGGGGUGUGCAUGCUGAGGCAUGCAUGGUGGAUGGGAUGGAGAGACGGUCCUUGUAUGCGCAGGGGCUCGGACACGUUUUCAGCAGGCCACAGAAGAAUGUGGCAGGGUUCACAGCUGGACGAGGUUCUUUUGAGGAUUUCAUUGAGUGUCUAAGUGAGAAAUACCCAUUCCUGUCCCUCCUGCUUGUGGAAGGGAGGAGGGGUCACUUGUUCUGCCCCAAGGACUGGACGGGAGAAACCUCCUUCUCCCCAGUGGAAGGUGAGACCAGUGCUGGGGAGGGAGAGGCGAGGCAUGUUCUCUGGGCUGGGCAGGGGCCUACACUGCCCGAGGGCUGUGAAGUGUUGCACUCUUCUCUCCUCCCCUGGUGGAGAGCAAUAGAGAGGAGUCUGUCUGGAGCUGGGUCCUGCCUCUCUCUCUCCCAGCUGUCUGAACAGCAUGACAGCCAAGGCCCUGUAGGAGCAUGGGUUCCCGCUCAUUGCUCUUUCUGCCCGUUGUGGAUGAUGUCCUAGCAGCUUGUACUCCUCCUCUCCCUCCUGCUUCCCCCAACCUCCUCAGAAAAGCCUGCAGGCAUCAACAACAAACCAAAAAGCAACUGGAGGGAGGGUAAGAGACUGCCAAAAUAAUCAUCACCCUUCUCUCUACUCCCUUUCCCGAAAGGCGGAACAACAGCAGUUCUGACUCUCACACACCUGUCCUGUCCCCAGUUUCCCAAAGGGAAGGAGGAGGAGGAAUAGACCAUUCUUUGCAAGGAGCCAGCAGGAGGCAGGGAAAGGCUAGCUUCUCCUGCUUGCCUCCGUCACAGUGCUCUCCCAGGCUCCCUCUUGCCAAGACGGGCUGGACUCACGUGGCAGUGGUGGUGGCCUCUUCUGGACCCUGGUCAUGGGAGAGAAUCCCCAAAAGGUCGACAGUGGAGAGAAGGGGGUGAAGAUCCCCACAGAGAGACCAAUCUAAUGAGAAGGGGGAGCCAACAAGAAUAAACUGAAGGCCCCUUGAAUUUAUAUAUAUAUAUAUAUAUAUAAAUAUCUAUUCCCCACCCCUGGCCCGCUCUGUCCUUGCUGUAACUGUUUCUAUCUCUGUGUUUAUAAAACGCAUUAUCCUGGCAAAUUUUUAUUUUCAAUCUUUGUUUGUUUUUCCCUUUUCUCUUCGUCUUCAAUUCUCCUUCCCCCCCCUUUUUUUUUUUUUUUUAAUUGGUCCACAUGACUUCUAGUCCUGUUUUGGAUUGUGGAGGCUGACUCGGAAGAGAAUGAGAAGGCAAGGGAAAAAGCAUGUAUUAUUGGGAUUUAAAAUCAAUCACCCACCCAAAGCCUAUAGAAUCCCAGACUUCUGUAUGAACAACCAAUAGGGGCUUUUUAUUUUUUAACCACCUUGUAUAGAAAUAAACUGGUGUAAAAGGCUCCUUGAAGGUGCUGCUGUGGGCACCCU